UUGUAUAUACCAUUAUGUAGUUCACCCUGGCACCAGGGAGUGUUUUUUUUUUCUUUAUUAAGAAAAGUUGGUAGGCGGAGUGUGGGGGCUGGGACACAGCAUUAUAGAAGGUUAUAGCAGGAGGUAACUAUAUGUGCCUGGCAGCCUCAUCCAGCAGGUCUGUUAUCAAAAAGGGAGAGUGAGAGAAUUGCAAGAACAAUGUAAGCAGAUGUUUGAUUGGCUAAGUCCGUCUUCUGGAGAGAGCGACUUGCGACUUUACAGAGGGGCUGGCUACUAGGUAGCUGUUCUAUAAGACAUUGAAGAAAACGGUAAAUAUGUAGAAUUUCUGCAAGGGGCAGCGCUCCAUGUUGUCGUCAGGUGAUCGCCAAGUGCCAACUUCGCGGCCUCAUAUCUCGCAAUGACCGGCAUGACAAUUGAAGACUACAGAAACACAUACUGGCCACAGUUGCAAGUGGCAGUUGACCGAUUAUUACAGGGACCUCAGCCUCCCUACCACACAGGACGUGUUAUUGAAUUUGAGCCCAUGUAUUCGGCAGCAUACAAGUGUGUGUGUCAACAGCACUCUGAAGCACUCUAUAAUGACUUAAUGUCUCAUGUCCACAAGCACUUUCUCAAGGUUGCCAUGGAAAUGCAGCAUUUGGAUGACUUCCAGCUUAUUGAUAGUUAUUACACCAUUAUUCAUCGGGUCUUGUAUAGUCUAGACGGCAUCAUUCCCAUAUUUACAUAUUUGAAUAAGGUGUAUGUUUCGACAAAAUUAUCAUCAGAUUUAAGAACAGAACUUCAGAAUUUAUUCUGCAAAUCUGUUAUAGAUCCAGUUAUUGAAAAAUUAAUGGUAAUGGUAAAACAAACUACAGAAAGGACUCCCUUUUCUAUAGCACCUCAUGUUUUAGCAUCGCUUGUAAAGAGCCUUCACAAUCUCAAUCCAGAAUAUGCCCAGAGAUACCCACAGGUGUUUGCGGGAUACAUUCCUGGUGUUCUUCCUGCCAUGCGUGAACAUGAGUUAUCUAGUUAUAUAAAUGAAACUCAAGAGCUACAAGCAUCUCUCAGACAGUCUUGGGUCAGUUCCAGUCCUCGAGGAAAAAAGCGCUGUUUGGAUGAAGAGAUGCAUACAUAGUAUGUAUCAUACAUAUUCAUAUAUAAUUCCAGAUGUCCAAGUGCAAUUCUGUUGUAUAUUAUUUAGAUUUUUACUUGUCUUCAUGGUUACAUAAAAAACAUGAGAUU